AUGUAUUGUUCUUCCCAAUUUUUCUUAUCGCUGGGUGUAAUCACUUUUCUUUAUUAUCUCUAUGAAUGUUUGAAAUCGCCGUUACAGCUGUUGUAUUAUCAAUGGCUUGAAAUUCAAGGGAAAGCAAUUCCUCUUACAGAGAAAUUUGGUAAAUGGGCUGCCAUUACAGGUUCCACGGAUGGCAUUGGCAAAGCUUAUGCUCGGGAAUUGGCCCACAAGGGAUUUAAUAUUGUGUUAGUUGCCCGAAAUGAAGAAAAACUAAAAGAAACUGCCGAUGAUAUAGCAAAAGAAUUUGGUGUAGAAGUUUACACUAUUAAGGCAGAUUUUUCCCAUGGACCUGCAAUAUAUGAUAAAUUAUUUCAAGAUCUGGCAAAGAAGCCAAUACGAUUGCUGGUUAACAACGUUGGUAUCGGUCACAAUCCACCUGGCAUCACUCCCAGUUUCACGGCCGAACAUCUUUGGGAUGUGAUUUAUGUUAAUCUUGGUGCUGCCACACAACUAUCUCGCCACUUUGUUGAUUUAUGGCUGAAACAAGGAAUAUCCGGUUGUGUAGUAAACAUAUCAUCGAUGUUAGAAGGACAACCGGCUCCAUAUGGUGCCGUUUAUGGUGCUACAAAGGCUUAUCUGCGAAGUUUUACAACAGCUCUCCAACAUGAAGUUCAAUCAUUCGGUAUAACCAUUCAACUAUUAUCGCCUGGUGCUGUUGCAACCAAAAUCAAUAGCUAUUCAGCAUGGUGCUUAAAGGGAAACCUGCUCGUUCCCACAGCUGAGGUAUAUGCUAAGUGGGCUGUCAACACGCUAGGGAAAUGUGACCAGAGUACUGGUUACAUUUGGCAUGCCGUACAUUUAGCCACUAUGAAGUGGUUACCAACAUUCCUUAGAAUUGAAAUGGUUAAAAUGCUGGUAAAAGCCGUUACCGAUGACACAACAAAUAUCUAUGAAGCUAGCAUCAGAAAACAGUAUGGUCAAUUGUAA